UUCAGACGCUCACCUAUAUUUAUGUUAAACUGCACUCGAAAGUGCAGUAAAAGGAAAUGGUGAAGAAUAAUGAGUCAUAAAUACAUUGCGUAGCUAGCUUCCAGACUUAAUGACUUUUUGACUAGACUGAGGCGGGCUGAGAGUCAUUCUGCCCCCAACUGCCACUCCCCACCCUGGCCUGUGACGGGAGCGCGCUUUGCGUUAUGCUACGGUUUACUGCCAAGCCACAGACAACGCUGAGGUUGUGAAUCUCGGAGAGGAAGUUGCUCGGAUUUACAAACAACUAUAAAAGGAAAAAAAAUAAACUACUGGAAUCAACUUUUUUGAAGUACUCUUCGUGCCGUGGAACAAGUUACAACAGUAACUAUGGAGUAAUGGUCUGCGGCACAAACGAUGGAGACGGCGAGAAGUUUGCUCUUUCUCGGGGCCGUACUAGUUGGAGUUCAGAGCGCAGUGAGUAGAGAAGUAUGCCUAGGCACAGAUAUGAAGCUGGUGCUGCCAUCCAGCCUGGACAACCAUUAUGAGAUGCUGCGGCUGCUCUACACUGGAUGCCAGGUGGUGCAUGGCAAUCUGGAGAUCACUCACCUACAUGGGGAACCUGACCUUAGCUUUCUCCAGGGGAUUGUCGAGGUGCAGGGGUACGUCCUGAUAGCCCAUGUAUCGGUGAGCACAGUGCCUCUGGACAACCUGCGCAUCAUCAGGGGCAGCCAGCUCUACAACUCCAGCUACGCCCUGGCUGUGGUGGACAACACGGCAAGCGCAGCUGCAGGCACAGGGGGGGCAGGACUGAAGGAGCUACGCAUGAGGAACUUGACGGAGAUCCUGUUUGGAGGGGUAUACAUUUGGGGGAACCCCCAGUUGUGCUUUCCAAACCCCCAGCAGAUCCAGUGGAAUGACACUCUUGAUGAGCAGAACACCCAGAAGCACCUGCACCUGCAACAGCAGCCUUCACAUUGCCCAGGCUGCUCCUCCGCAUGCAGGACCCGGGGCUGCUGGGGGAAGACUGACCAAGACUGUCAGACCUUGACUCACAACUGUGCAUCAGGGUGUUUGCGCUGUAAAGGCCCCCUGCCCAAUGACUGCUGUCAUAAGCAGUGUGCUGCUGGUUGCACUGGGCCCAAGGACACCGACUGCCUGGCCUGUCGUCACUUCAAUGACAGCGGAACGUGUAAGGACAGCUGCCCACCCCCCACCAUCUAUGACCCUGUCACCUUCCAGUCCAAACGUAACAAGGACAAAAAAUUCAGCUUCGGUGCCACCUGUGUGAAGGAGUGUCCACAUAACUACCUGGCCAUGGAGGUUGCCUGCACCAUGGUGUGCCCCAAAGCCAACCAAGAGGUCAUUGUAACCCAGCCUAAUGGCCAAGAGACUCAGAUCUGUGAAAAGUGUGAUGGAGAAUGUCCCAAAGUGUGUUACGGUUUAGGCAUGGGCAGUUUGCAGGGUGUGCUUGCGGUCAACUCCUCCAACAUUGACCUCUUCUCUGGCUGCAAGAAGAUCUUCGGCAGUCUGGCCUUCCUCCCUGAGACCUUCCAGGGAGCCUCAGCCACCAAUACCUCAGCUCUUGACCCCAGCAAGCUCAAGGUGUUUGAAAGUCUGAAGGAAAUCACAGGUUAUCUGUACAUAGAGGCUUGGCCAGGGAACUGGUCUGAUCUCAGUGUGUUUAAGAACCUGGAGGUGAUCAGGGGAAGAAUGCUCUACAGAGGCGUGUUCUCACUCGGCGUGCAGUCUCUGGAGAUCGAGUCCCUAGGGCUGCGCUCUCUGCGCAGCGUCAGUGGAGGCCUUGUUCUCGUGCAUGGCAAUCCCCGUCUGUGCUACACCACUUCACUGUCAUGGAAGACAGUCCUGUACCCUGCCCAGGGACCCCACCUCAUUGGCAAAGAUAACCGCAGCCCGGAGGAAUGCGAUGCAGAGGGGCAUGUCUGUCACCCCCUUUGUAAGGAUGGGAAGUGUUGGGGGCCGGGACCGAGCCAGUGUGUGUCCUGUGUUAAAUACCAGCGUGGGACGGAGUGUGUGGAGGAGUGCAACGUCCUGCAGGGGUCUGAACGGGAGUACACUGAUGGGUCCCUCUGCCUCCCCUGUCACCCUGAGUGUCAUCCCAUGAAUGGCUCUGCCUCCUGUGAUGGCCAGGGGGCGCACCAGUGCAAGGAGUGUCUCCACCACCAGGAUGGGGAGGUGUGUGUCCCACGUUGCCCCAGUGGUGUGAAGGAGGAGCACCACACCAUCUGGAAAUACGCCAAUGCCACGGGGCACUGCCUCCCCUGUGGCACCAACUGCACACACUCGUGUACUCAGAUGGAUCAGAGAGGCUGUCCUAUUCACCAGAAGACAGGGCCAGCAACCUCGAUCGCCGCGGCAGUGGGCGGAGUGGUGCUCUUCUUCAUCCUGGUGGCCCUGCUGGUGUUCUACCUGCGCAGACAAAGACACCUGAGGAGGAAGGAGACGAUGAGGAGGAUUCUGCAGGAGCAUGAGCUGGUGGAGCCGCUGACACCCAGUGGUGCCGUGCCCAACCAGGCCCAGAUGCGCAUCCUGAAGGAGACGGAGCUGAAGAAGCUGCGUGUGCUAGGCUCUGGGGCCUUCGGGACUGUAUACAAGGGUGUGUGGGCUCCAGACGGGGAGAACGUGAAGAUCCCGGUGGCAAUCAAGGUGUUGCGGGAGAAUACCUCGCCCAAGGCCAAUAAGGAGAUCCUGGAUGAAGCCUAUGUGAUGGCAGGUGUGGCCAGCCCCUAUGUCUGCCGUCUUCUGGGCAUUUGCCUGACCUCCACAGUACAGCUGGUCACUCAGCUUAUGCCAUACGGCUGUCUGCUGGACUACGUGCGUGAGAACAGGGACCGCAUCGGCUCCCAGUUCCUGCUGAACUGGUGUGUGCAGAUUGCCAAGGGGAUGAGUUACCUGGAGGAUGUGCGGCUUGUCCACCGUGAUCUGGCUGCCCGCAACGUGUUGGUGAAGAACCCCAACCACGUCAAGAUCACAGACUUCGGCCUGGCACGCCUGCUGGACAUUGAUGAGACCGAGUACCAUGCCGAUGGGGGAAAGGUGCCCAUCAAGUGGAUGGCUUUGGAGUCUAUCCUUCAGAGGAGAUUCACACACCAAAGUGACGUCUGGAGCUACGGGGUGACAGUAUGGGAACUGAUGACAUUCGGGGCCAAGCCAUAUGAUCAGAUCCCAGCCAGGGACAUCCCAGAUGUCCUGGAGGGUGGAGAGAGGUUGCCCCAGCCUGCCAUCUGCACCAUCGAUGUCUACAUGAUCAUGGUCAAGUGCUGGAUGAUUGAUCCGGAGAGCCGGCCCAAGUUCCGCAAACUGGUGACGGAGUUCAGCAACAUGGCCAGAGACCCUCCCCGAUACGUGGUCAUCCAGAAUGAUGAACAGAUGAGUCUCUCCACUCCUGUGGACAGCCAGUUCUUCCGCAUGCUGAUGGAGGAGGAAGGGGCGGACGUGCGCGACUUGCUGGAUGCUGAGGAGUACCUGGUUCCCCAGCCCGGCUUCUUCAGACCACAGGGGGAUGGAGCCAGCAACUGCCCCUCCAGACACCACUCACACAGGAGCACAGAGCAGGGUCUGGAUGGUGAUGCCUUGACAGGAGGGAGGAGCAUCUAUGCAUCAGUCAGCACCCUGGGGCGGAGUCAGUACCCAACUCUGCCCAUGGGAGCCACCGGGAAUGGCCCGUGGGGGUCCCAGUAUCCCGCCCUGGCCCGCAGCAUAUCCCAUCGCUCGACAGGGGGGCAGUCAGAUUCCGUCUUCUUGGAUGCAGGGCCAGAGAACAGUGUCCCACCCAGCAGUCCGGGGCGAUACUGUGAGGACCCUACACUAGCGAACGGGAAUGACAGUGACCUGGAGACUGAUGGUCCAACUCAGCCCCUCGCACACACCCUCCCUCGAGGAGCCCACGCUCAGCCUGAGUACGUAAACCAAGGGGUAGUGGAUGGCAGAGCUGGGAUGGCUGAGCGCCCCAGCACCCUGCCCCGUAAGGUGUCUGGGGGUGUGCGACGGCUCCAUAAUGGUCUGGGGCCUGGAAACAGUGUGGAGAACCCAGAGUACCUCGUCCCAAUUGGCAGCACCUCCCCUGCCUUCGACAACCCUUACUACCUGGACCUGGACGCAAAGGCCAGGGCAGAACAAGGAGGACUGGCCCCUCCACGGCUCACCAACGGCUUUGUCACACCCACGGCCGAGAACCCUGAGUACCUGGGGCUGGCGGACACCUGGAGCGGACAAAGAGAGCACACCUGAAAACGCCAGGGUGACCGGAGACGAGAGAGAGUGAGAAUGAGAGAGAGAGUGAGAGUGAGAGUGAGAGAGUGGAAGAAAACUAUUUGCUAAAGAAAGCAGGUACUACUGUAUUGCCAGUGGCGAUCAGGUGACCCUGUCUGCUCCCUUCCUGCCCCACUCAUCCUUUACAUCUGCCUGCUCAUGCACCACAUUCACUGAGAUUAGAGGCCGUCCCUCGAGCAUGAAGAGACGGCAGUCUGUUUUCACCCUGUCAUCGUCACUAAUGGAGGUAGGCAGAAGAGGCAGUGCCACUGUCAGACUGAGAGAGGUUCCACAGCCUGGUUCUGUGGGUAAGGUACAGUUUGUGGCAGCUCUUACCCAGGAAGGUGGGGCAUACCCCGUGUGAUGUGUCCUGUGGGUUGCGGUCAGUGGCCCUGCUCGCUCCACCCACUUUAUCACAUAACACUAUGUAGCAUUUCCAUGAGGAAUGUCAUGGACAGCUAGAAGAAGUAUGUGAAGAAUCUGCUUUUAUGUGAUCCUCAGAGACUUGCUAUACAGAGCUGUGACGUCUCACAAGCUGCAGACUUUGAACAAAGGAAAGGUGGAAACCUUCUCUGGAACCUUUGCCUACAAACUUUGCUCAUGAAAUGAAUGGACUAGCAAAUGUUUCCCCAGCAUUAUCACAAUGUCAGAAUGUUAGGAUGUCAGAGAAGCUGCACAAAUGAUUGUAACUCUCAUUCAAAGAGAUUUUUAUCCAAAUAUUUACACUGGACAAUUAAGAAGGACAUGAAAUAGAGGGAUGUUGCCUGCAGUUUCUUUUAAAUGAUGUCACUAUAGGUAAUUAUACACACGUGGUGACAUGAUUUUUAAAAAAUAUUUCAGUACAUUAUUUCUAAAGACAAAUCACUAAUGUCUACGGCUUUGAAUAUGUUUGCAAUCCUGAGUAACUACUAGUAAGUAGUAACUACCGUCAUGCUUAACGUGCAGGUUGUCCUGUUCGAGACCUGCUAAGGAUCCUCAGAGGGAUCAAAGUCCAUUUUGUCAGCAGGAAGCUGUCUUUAAGCCAUCUGGUUCCUACUGGCAUGUGAUCAAAGACAGACUGUGCGUUAGAGUACAGAGCACUUGAGGAAACAGAAUCUUGUUCGAUGUCUGUGUCUUUGUGUUUAUUUAGCUAGUCUGGUAUUAACUCUAAAGGAAGGGCCCCAGGUUUCUCUGGAUGUGUGGAGUUCUCCACAUUUUGGCAAUGCAUGCCAUCUGGGUGGGCUUUGAUGUAGAACUAUAUGUUCAUUUAAAAAAAAAGCCAAAUCAAAAGCAUAACAAAAAUGGAAAUGCAUCCCCAUAGUAAUGAGUCCUAUGGUCAUCCACAUGGGGAUGUGUACUGAAUGGCCAAAGACCCUGAGCUAUGAUGACAAUCAGGGUUACACAUCUAUCCAUGUCAGAGAAGCCUGUGUUCCAGUGUGGUGGGUGGGUAAGCUGAUGUAAUUUAUCCAGAUGUCCUCUAUUAUGAACAAAUGACUGCAGUGUGACAGUACUGCUGUUAUACCACUGAGCAAGGUACUGUGUAACUGGGCCCCAGAGUCUUUGGUAAAUAUAUGUUUUUAAAAAUAUGUUAAAAUGUCAUUUACAUAUAUCCAGAAAUUAGGCAGAAUUCAGCAAAUGGGUUCACCAUGUUGCGGGGUGAUUUUGAGGGUUAAAGAAAGUAUCCCACAGAGUGCAGCACCACUGGUUAAUAGUCAACUCUGGAAUGUAAGGCCUUAAUUGUCAUUUAAAUUGAUGUAGCUAGAAGCAAUUCUGUCAUGUGAAUAGUGCCAUUGUUGACCACA